CCUGGUGGCAAGGAGCGGCGGCCGCCGGCGCCAUGGGGACUGCCUCGUCGCUCGUGAGCCCCGCCGGCGGGGAGGUGAUCGAGGACACGUACGGGGCGGGCGGCGGCGAGGCCUGCGAGAUCCCGGUGGAGGUGAAGCCCAAGGCCCGCCUGCUGCGCAGCUCGUUCCGCCGGGGCGCGGGGGCGGCGGCGGGGGCCGGGCCGGGUUCGCUGCCCCGCGGGGCGGGCGGCGGCGGGCUGCUGGGGGCCAGCUUCAAGUCCACUGGCUCGUCGGUGCCCGAGCUGGAGUACGCGGCGGCCGAGUACGAGCGGCUGAAGAAGGAGUACGAGAUAUUCCGGGUCAGCAAGAACCAGGAGUUGUUAUCCAUGGGCCGCCGCGAGGCCAAGCUGGACACGGAGAACAAGCGGCUGCGGGCAGAGCUGCAGGCACUUCAGAAAACUUACCAGAAGAUACUUCGGGAAAAGGAAAGUGCUUUAGAAGCAAAAUAUCAAGCAAUGGAGAGAGCAGCUACAUUUGAACAUGACAGAGAUAAAGUUAAGAGGCAAUUUAAGAUUUUUAGGGAAACCAAGGAAAAUGAAAUUCAGGAUUUAUUGAGGGCCAAGCGAGAGCUGGAGAGUAAACUUCAGAGGCUACAGGUUCAAGGGAUCCAUGUAUUUGAUCCUGGAGAGUCUGAUUCAGAUGACAACUGUACAGAUGUUACUGCUGCUGGACCCCAGUGCGAGUAUUGGACUGGUGGAGCCUUGGGAAGUGAGCCCUCCAUAGGGAGUAUGAUUCAGCUUCAGCAGUCUUUCCGGGGCCCUGAGUUUGCCCAUAGUUCUAUAGAUAUAGAAGGACCCUUUGCUAACGUCAACAGAGAUGACUGGGAUAUUGCUGUAGCUAGUUUAUUACAAGUUACCCCCUUGUUUUCACAUUCUCUGUGGAGUAACACUGUCAGAUGUUACCUCAUUUAUACAGAUGAAACCCAGCCCGAAAUGGAUCUUUUCCUUAAGGACUGUUCACCUAAACUUAAAAGAAUGUGUGAGACAAUGGGAUAUUUUUUCCAUGCUGUGUAUUUUCCAAUUGAUAUUGAAAAUCAGUACCUCACUGUAAGAAAAUGGGAAAUUGAGAAGAGUUCAUUAGUUAUCUUAUUCAUUCAUUUAACCUUACCAAGCCUGUUAUUGGAAGACUGUGAAGAAGCUUUUCUGAAAAACACUGAAGGCAAACCACGAUUAAUUUAUCAUCGUUUGGAGGAUGGGAAAGUCAGUUCUGACUCUGUCCAGCACCUGAUUGAUCAAGUUUCUAACCUGAACAAGACCAACAAAGCCAAGAUCAUUGAUCACUCAGGAGAUCCUGCAGAAGGAGUCUGUAAAACCUAUAUUUAUGUAGAAAAGAUUAUUAAACAGGACAUCCUGGGCUUUGAAAAUACAGACCUGGAAGCUAAGGAUUUGGGCAGUGAAGAUUCUAUUCCAGAAGAAGAUGAUUUUGGUGAUGUUCUGUGGGACAUACAUGAUGAACAAGAGCAAAUGGAAGCUUUUCAGCAGGCUUCAAAUUCAGCCCAUGAGUUGGGAUUCGAGAAAUAUUACCAACGCCUUAAUGAUCUAGUGGCAGCACCAGCACCAAUUCCACCCCUUCUUGUAUCUGGAGGACCAGGCUCUGGAAAGUCCCUUCUUUUAUCAAAGUGGAUCCAGUUACAACAGAAGAAUUCCCCUAACACACUAAUUCUUUCUCAUUUUGUGGGGAGGCCCAUGUCAACCAGCUCAGAGUCUUCCUUGAUUAUUAAACGACUGACUCUAAAGUUGAUGCAGCAUUCUUGGUCAGUAUCUGCUCUGACAUUGGAUCCUGCUAAGCUUCUGGAAGAAUUUCCACAUUGGCUGGAAAAACUCUCUGCCCGUCAUCAAGGCAGCAUCAUCAUCAUUAUUGAUUCUAUAGAUCAAAUUCAGCAAGUUGAAAAGCACAUGAAAUGGCUGAUAGAUCCACUGCCAGUGAAUGUAAGAGUAAUUGUUUCUGUGAACGUGGAAACAUGCCCUCCAGCAUGGAGGUUGUGGCCUACACUUCAUCUUGACCCUUUAAAUCCGAAAGAUGCAAAAUCUAUUAUAAUCGCAGAAUGCCACUCUGUAGACAUUAAACUGAGUAAAGAGCAGGAGAAGAAGCUAGAACGACACUGUCGUUCUGCUACAACCUGCAAUGCCCUUUAUGUCACUCUUUUCGGCAAAAUGAUUGCAUGUGCUGGGAGAGCAAGCAAUUUAGAUAAAAUCCUUCUUCAGUGUUUCCAGUGUCAAGAUACUGUUUCAUUAUAUAGACUUGUUCUUCGAUCUAUCCAGGAGUCCAUGACAAAUGAUAUGGAUAAAGAACUAAUGAAACAGAUUCUCUGCCUUGUAAAUGUUAGUCACAAUGGUGUGAGUGAAUCAGAAUUGAUGGAACUCUAUCCUGAGCUAUCCUGGGCUGUCUUGACCUCCCUUAUUCACAGUUUACACAAAAUGUGUUUGUUGACUUAUGGUUGUGGUUUGCUCAAGUUUCAACAUCUACAGGCUUGGGAAACAGUGAGACUAGAGUACAUGGAAGGUCCCACCAUUAUUUCUUCAUAUAGGCAAAAGCUAACCAACCAUUUCACCAUGCAGCUAAGUCAGGACCGAGUGACUUGGAGGAGUGCAGAUGAACUGCCUUGGCUAUUCCAGCAGCAGGGAAGUAAACAGAAGCUGCACGAUUGCCUUCUUAACCUCUUUGUGUCUCAAAACCUGUAUAAAAGAGGACACUUUGCUGAGUUGCUGAGUUACUGGCAGUUUGUUGGCAAAGACAAAAGCGCGAUGGCAGCAGAAUACUUUGAUUCAUUGAAGCAGUAUGAGAAAAACUGUGAAGGCGAGGAGAGCAUGAUUUGCUUAGCUGACCUUUAUGAAACCCUGGGGCGAUUUCUCAAGGAUCUAGGCCUUCUCAGUCAGGCUGUGGUGCCUUUGCAGAGGUCUCUAGAAAUUCGAGAAACAGCUUUAGAUCCAGAUCACCCACAAGUAGCUCAGUCCCUCCACCAACUAGCGAGUGUGUAUGUGCAGUGGAAGAAGUUUGGCAAUGCUGAACAACUAUAUAAACAGGCAUUGGAAAUCUCAGAAAAUGCCUAUGGUGCGGACCAUCCACAUAUUGCUCGCGAACUUGAAGCACUUGCAACUUUGUACCAGAAACAAAAUAAAUAUGAACAAGCUGAACAUUUUAGAAAAAAAUCUUUUAAAAUUCGUCAGAAAGCUACAAGGAGAAAAGGCAACUUGUAUGGAUUUGCCCUUUUACGUAGACGGGCCCUACAGUUAGAAGAGCUCACGUUAGGUAAGGAUACACCUGACAAUGCUCGGACCCUCAAUGAACUGGGUGUGCUCUACUAUCUUCAGAACAACCUGGAAACAGCUGACCAGUUUCUGAAGCGUUCCUUGGAGAUGAGGGAGCGAGUUCUAGGACCAGAUCACCCUGACUGUGCCCAGUCUUUGAAUAAUCUGGCGGCUCUAUGCAAUGAAAAGAAACAGUAUGAUAAAGCAGAAGAACUGUAUGAAAGAGCCUUAGACAUUCGGAGACGAGCAUUAGCUCCUGAUCACCCUUCUUUGGCUUAUACAGUGAAGCAUCUUGCAGUCUUGUAUAAGAAAAUGGGGAAACUUGACAAAGCUGUACCUUUGUAUGAGCUGGCUGUUGAAAUCCGGCAGAAAUCCUUUGGCCCAAAGCACCCUAGUGUAGCUACUGCCUUGGUGAACUUAGCUGUUCUUUAUAGCCAAAUGAAAAAACACAUUGAGGCCUUGCCGUUAUAUGAAAGAGCAUUAAAGAUAUAUGAGGACAGCCUGGGUCGGAUGCAUCCUCGAGUUGGAGAAACAUUAAAAAAUUUAGCUGUGCUUAGCUAUGAAGAAGGGGAUUUCGAAAAAGCUGCUGAACUAUACAGAAGGGCAAUGGAAAUAAAAGAAGCAGAAACGUCUCUUUUGGGUGGAAAAGCUCCUUCCCGACAUUCAUCAAGUGGAGAUACGGUUAGCUUAAAAACAACCCAUUCUCCUAAUGUUUUCCUUCAUCAAGGACAAAGUUCUUUAAAAGAAUUAAUUUUCCUAUUGUGUGGGAACCAAGGAUGUAGAAACAUUAGAAUCCUAAGAUGACACGAAGAGUUGAUCAUGGAGAGUAGACUGGUCUCUGUUCUACGAGAGCUGUCAAAGCAGCUAAGACAAGCGGUUCAAGAAUUCCGUGAUUCUUCUCCUCUCGUUACUUUAGCCUCAUCAUUCCUCAUCUUGCUUUUCAGCAGCAGUCUGGCCCAGUUCUCUACCUCAAAGAAAAGUUUCAAGGAGUAAAGGGAUAAUGUUGACGAAAAGUAUGAAUUGUUUUCUGUAAAAUGAACUAGUAAUAGGAAUCUCUGCUACAUCUUUUUUAUUCUACCUUUUCAUUCAGCAGAUUGGGCCAAGCCCUCUGCUUUCUGUGCUGUCUACACUGUAUAUUGUUUUUACUGUGUAGAAUGUACCUGCACAAUCUGAAGUCAUUAAUGCAGUAACAGGUCAAGCUCUUUGGCAUUCUUUGACCUUUCCCAAAAUAUGGACAUGACCUUCUUUCUUAAAUGGCCUAAAUCUAUGUCUUCAUUUAUCUUGGACUCAAAUUAGUUGGCCAUUUUA